CAACUAAAACUCUGAACUUCGUCCUUGUCCACUCUGGGUCCAGGUUUACAGUAGACUCUAUAGUAGUGGAUGUGUUUGUAUCUGCUGCCUGGUGGACCAGCAUGGCUCUGAACGUCCCCGGAGUGAUCGCCGUGGUCCUCUUCUACAUCCUGAUCCUGGGGACCGGAGUCUGGGCCGCUCACAAGUCCAGGAAGGUGGAGAGGAAGAGUCAUGGAGGAAGAACGGAGGUGGUGCUGCUGGGAGACAGAAACAUCAGCCUGCUGGUCGGCAUCUUCACCAUGACCGCUACCUGGGUUGGAGGUGGUUUCAUUCUGGGCGUGGCUGAAGCGGUUUAUUCUCCUAAAAUGGGUUUAAUCUGGGCUCUGAUGCCUCUACAUUACUCCGUGUCCUUCAUCAUCGGUGGACUGUUCUUUGCUAAACCCAUGAGGGAGAAGCAGUACAUCACCAUGAUGGACCCGUUCCAGAUCAAGUACGGUAACCUCCUGAGUGGAGUCCUGGUGCUGCCGUCGGUCCUGGCUGAUAUCCUCUGGGUGGCCUGCACGCUCCUCAGCUUAGGAGCCACUAUGACGGUGAUCCUGGACCUGCCCUACUCCAUCUGUAUCUGGAUCUCCUCAGCUGUAGCCAUCAUCUACACCCUGUUAGGAGGACUUUACUCUGUGGCCUACACUGAUGUUAUUCAGCUCUCUCUGGCUUUCAUCAGUCUGUGGCUGUGUGUCCCGUUCCUCCUGCUCAACCCAAAGUCCACCAGCAUCGCCCAGACGGCCUUCAACCACAGCUACCAGGAGCCCUGGGUGGGCACCCUGGACAAGGACACGGUCUGGGGCUGGAUCGAUGACUUCCUCAUGAUUGCUCUUGGUAGUCUUUCCUUCCAGAGCUUCCACCAGAGGACGCUGUCGGCCUCGUCGUCUCGAACCGCCCAGCUGACCUGCUACGCUGCUGCUGUCGUCAUCGCCGUCCUGGGGAUUCCUCCGGUCCUGGUCGGGGCUGUCGCUGCAUCCACAGACUGGAACCUGACUCUGUAUGGUUCUCCAUCUCCGUAUGAACGUGGUGAAUAUGGUCUGGUGCUGCCCCUGACCCUCCAGUACCUCACCCCUCCUUACAUCUCUAUUAUUGGGAUCGGAGCUGUGGCUGCUGCUGUCAUGUCGUCCACAGACUCUGGCCUGCUGUCUGCUACUUCUGUUUUCUCCUCAAACAUCUACAAGAACAUCCUGCGUAAACAGGCAUCAGACAAUGAGAUGAAGUGGGUGAUCCGGGUGACGGUGGUGGUGGUGGGUCUGGUUGGGACCUCCAUCACCUUCUACACCACCAGCCCUUUGGCGCUCUGGAUCCUGGGAGCCGACGCCUCCUACACCCUCAUCUUCCCCCACCUGGUCUCCGUGCUCUUCUUUAAAGUGACCAAUGGUUAUGGCGCCAUGAUGGGCUACGCCAUCGGGCUGCCCUUCAGGUUCCUGUUGGGGGAGAACGCUCUCGGUCUUCCUGUUGUUCUUCAACUUCCUGGUUGCACAUUGGAAGAUGGCGUCUACGUCCAAAAGUCCCCCAUCAGGACGGUGUCCAUGCUCUGCACCCUGGUGGCCAUCUUGGUUUUUUCCUCGCUGUCUUUGUUCUUGUUCAAUAGCGGCCUGCUGCCUGAGAGGUGGGACAUUUUCAAAGUAAAACGUCAUGAAACUGUGGAUCCCGUCACGCAGAAUCUCAAAGAAGAAACUGGAAAUGAUGCCGAGUGUGACGAGAACACACACGGAGUCGCCUUACAGCCGAUGAUGCAGAAUGGGUCCUAAUCGCUUGUCUUUUCUGUUGAUAAAUGGCUGAUUUUUAAUAUUACACUCAAAAAUAAUAAUAUUGCAUAUUACUUUAAACCUCUGGAGUCACCAAAAGCGCCAAAGCAUGACUUCUUCAUCACAUCCAGACGUAAAAACAAAGCAGAAAAGACAGAAAAUGACUAAAAAAAGACACAAAAUGACCAUAAAAAGACACAAAAUUACAAAAAAG